AUGGCAAUCGAAUUCUUGAUUCCCUUCAUUUUUCAGAUUUGGUCCGUCGUUCUCUCAUGGCUCAACCCUCCUUAUCUGUACAUUAUUAUAAACUGCAUCAUCAUCGCCAUCGCCGCCUUGUCACGCUUCCACAAAAUUACAUCCUCUCCUUCGCCGGAAUUUGAGUCCUUUCCAGUUCAUUCGGAAAUAACAGCUGUCUCCGAACCUCCACCACUGGUGUAUGAGGGUGAUGAUAAGAUCGUGGAGGUGAAGCCUGUGCUUUUAAAUGGGAAAAAAGUUGAAGAACAAGAAACUGAUGCUGAUGCUGAUGCUGAUAUUGAUAUUGAACCUGAAGAUGAAGAAGAUAUCUCCAUUUCUACGUACACUCCGCCGCAGAAGAGGAUUCCCCCAGAGUUUCGUCCAGAUUUUCUACUCCCGGCGACACUUGGUCACUGGAAACCUCUCAGAGCCAAUCGUAAAGGUUUGAGGACACCAAGGGUGACAAGACCAAAGAGACGACAGACGUUAGAGAGUACAUGGAAAAUGAUAACAGAUGGACGUAACGUGCAACCCACAAAGCACCUUGAGAAGUCCGACACAUGGGAGCAUCGAGGCCAUCAUAGAGCCAUGAAUUCCCCAUAUCACAUGUCAAAAUCGAAGACCUUCGAGGAUGGUACGAACAGUGAAUCGCAACUAGAAGCUCCAACGAACUUAUCUUUGAGUACCCGGAUAUCGAAACAAUUGUCGCCAGGUCAAGAAGAGUUGAAUCGUCGGGCGGAGGCAUUCAUCAAGAAAGUCAAUGAGGAAAUGAGAUUGCAAAGGCAAGAGUCGCUUGAUAAUUACAUGGAGAUGAUUAACCGUGGAACUUAG